GAAGGAGAGACCUAAAGCCACCUAAAGCCGAUCCUCCUGCAGCUGCUCAGCGAGCUGUGUGGACUAAACAGAUUGAGUCUUCUCACAUGCCGGCAGGUGUCAGAUGGGUGGUUAGAAGCCAAAGGCAUUGCUCUUGGCUGUCGCACGCAGGAGGUCCUUGGAGCCAAAAAGCAUCACCUGGCCGGCUAGUCAUGGGGCCCAGAAUUAGCGGGUGAUACCGCACGCUUGUGUCAAAGGCCAGCGGCAAAAACCGCCGCCUUUGAAUUUGUGCCGCUUGUGGAAUUAGUGCUGACUCGGAGGAGAGUUCAUCUUGGAUUUCGCUGUUGACAUGUGUUGCACCACCACCACGUCUCCAUCCCGCGCCUAUGACCUCCAUUCAUGCUGUUCGUCACAGCGAAACUAAGGCCCGGGAGGACGCUGGUCGUUUGUCGAGGACUAACUUGGACUUGGGCCAGAUAUGGCCAGAGACGUGAGUCCUCCGAGCCUCAUGCCUCUGUCGGCUAGAUACCAGGAGCGGGAUGGCGCCUCUCUGGGGUCCAUCCUCCCUUCCUUCCCUCUACGUUCUCUAGUUCUCUUCUACUUCCUGUCAUGCGCGGUGUCGGUAACAGGAAGUCUGCCGGGCAUUGAAUAUGACUACGCCAUUAGCCCCAAAUUUGUCUGCACCCCAAUUCCCCCAGAAGCCGACCCCAGCUGCUACUCCCCGCCCGGCGUGCCCCACGGGCCGAGCAGCAACAGCCAAACCAGCGGCCACAACGGCAGCAACCGGCGCGGCGUGAUGUCCGACGAGGCCAAAGCCACCAUCUUGCACCUGCGCGAGAGUCUGGUGAGGCAAAAGGAGACCAUCCUGGACCAGCGGGAGACCAUCAGGGAGCUGACCGCCAAACUCACCUUGUGCGAGGGCUUCGGCGGUCACCAUGGCACCGAUCGCCACGACAACCACCACGAAAACCAUCACGACACCCACCACGAAAACCAUCACGACACCCACCACGAUACCAACCACCGCGACGGCCACCCCGAUGACCACCGCGGGCAUCACGGCGCCCACCAUACGCCUUCGCCGCCGCACCACGGGCCUUCCACCUAUCACAGCGGCGACCACCACCACUCGCAUGGUGGCCACAGGUCGGACCCCCACCCGAGGAAGGCCCCGUCGUACGGGAAGCACAGCUCCUUCUCCCCCGAACAGACGGGCAAAACCCUGCAGACGCUGAAGGAAAGGCUGGAGAACUUGCAGGCCAGGAACUCGUCCAGCUCGUACUCCAGCUCCCUGAGAGAACUCCUCCAGCGGAAGAUCACCGCACUGGAGGAGCAGCUGCACAGCUACUACCAAGAUCACCAUGACGACCACCGGGACGAUCAUCACGACGACCACCGCGGAGGGAGCAGCCACCCCAACAGCCAUCACGACGAUCGUCACGAUGACCACCACGAUGAUCACCGGGGCAACGGCCGCCACGACGACCAUCACGAUGACCACCACGAUGAUCACCGUGGAAACGGCCGCCACGAUGACAACCAUGGCACAGGUCAUCGUGAUAACCACCACUAUGACCACCGAGGUACCGGCCGGCGUGACGACCAUCAUGAUGACCACCAUGGCAAUGGUCACCAUGACGACCACCACGGCAGCUAUCAUAGCAGUCACCACAGUAGCAACAGGAACAACCAUCCCGGCAGUCACCACAAUCGCUAUCACGACCGCUACUACGACUGGCACCAUAGCCGUCAGCGCAGUCAUCAUGGACACCACCAUAGCCCCCACCAUGAUGAGCACCACGAUGAUCAUGGUUACUACGAUGAUCAUCACGACGGUCACCACGAUGAUCAUCCCGACGGUCACCACGAUGACCAUCACGAUGAUCAUCACAGCGGUCACCACGAUGACCAUCACGAUGAUCAUCACGAUGAUCAUCACAGCGGUCACCAUGAUGACCACCAUGAGAUCCGCCGUGUUAACAAUCUUAACCCACGCCAGCUGCCUUUCGGCAGCAAAGAGACAACUCUCCAAGGGGCGGGGCAUGGCAAGCUGGAAACAGUGCUCAGCCAGCUGCACCAUAGCAACACUGACCACGCAACAGAUGCUCAACUAAAGCCAAAUGCAGAGGGAAGAACAGAGCCAACGGACGGGCUGAAUCUAAACUCUCCCGCCUCCGUCUCACCAGGAAAGAAGCUGAAGACCCCGAACGCCUUCCUGCUCGACUUCCCCGUGAAGACCAACUACAUGUACGCCAAGAUGAAGCGGUCGCCGGUCAACGAGAUCUUCGCCCUGACCAUCUGUCUGUGGCUGAAGGCGGGAGAGGGUCCUGGCCUCGGUACUCCGUUCUCCUACGCCGCACCCGGGCAAGCCAACGAGCUGGUGCUCAUCGAAUGGGGCAGCAACCCAAUGGAGCUGUUAAUCUGUGACAAGGCGGUCACGUUGCCGAUAACCAUGACCGAUGGGAAGUGGCAUCACGUGUGCAUAACGUGGACCACGCGUGACGGCGUCUGGGAGGCCUACCAGGACGGCGUGAAGAAAGGCUCGGGGCAGAACCUGUCGGCGUGGCGCCCCAUCGAGCCAGGAGGCACCUUCAUCCUGGGCCAGGAGCAGGACACGAUGGGGGGGCGCUUCGACGUCACCCAGUCCUUUGUGGGACAGCUGUCGGAUCUCCAGUUCUGGUCCAGAGUCCUGCCGGCCAGUGAGAUCUCCACCCAGGCCACCUGCGGGGGCCACCUCGUUGGUGAUGUCAUGUCCUGGUCCGAGGAGUCAGUGGAGCUCCACGGGGGACUCGCAGAGGUGCCCUUCGACCCCUGCCACUGAGGAGCUCUGGGCACACAGAGCGUUCACGUCACACGACCCCCCCCCCCGAGAAGAUAGUUGGGCAGCGGGAUGUUGCGUCAGAGACUGAAGACUGUCACUGUGGAGGC